ACCGCUUCCGGCCAGGCUCGCUGCUGCAGCUGCUUUCUGUUUGGAUAGCGUCCAGCAGCCUCGUCUCGUCUCGUCUGGUCUCGUCUCGCGGCCACGUGGCACAGCCCCAGCGGCCUGGCGUCGCUGCGCGCUCCCUGACCUGGGGUCCCCCGACUCCCCUCCGUGCGAGCGCGGCCUCAUGGCCGGGGCUCAGCGCUUUCGGUUCCGGGAGGAGCCAGGCCCUGGAACCGAAGGGGCCGUGCUGGAGGUCCGCGUCCCGCAGGUCCUGCAUGUCCAAUAUGGGAUGUAUGUUUGGCCCUGUGCUGUAGUCCUGGCCCAGUACCUGUGGUUUCACAGAAGAUCUCUGCCAGGCAAAGCUGUCUUAGAGAUUGGAGCUGGAGUGAGUCUUCCAGGGAUUUUGGCUGCCAAAUGUGGUGCUGAAGUAAUACUAUCUGACAGCUCAGAACUGCCCCACUGUUUGGAUGUUUGCUGGCAAAGCUGUCAACUUAAUGACCUGACGCAGGUACAGGUUGUAGGACUGACAUGGGGCCAUGUAACGAAGGACCUACUGUCUUUGCCACCACAAGACAUCAUUCUUGCAUCUGAUGUGUUCUUUGAACCAGAAGACUUUGAAAGCAUUUUAGCCACUGUGUACUUUCUGAUGCAGAGGAACCCCAAAGUUCAAUUUUGGUCUACCUACCAGGUCAGAAGUGCGGACUGGUCACUUGAAGGCUUGCUCUUCAAGUGGGAUAUGAAAUGUGUCCAUAUUCCUCUGGAGUCUUUUGAUGCAGACAAGGAAGAUAUAGCAGAAUCUACCCUCCCAGGAAGACAUACUGUUGAAAUGUUGGUGGUCUCCGCGAAGAACAGCUCCUGAAUUGUACCUCUUGCCGUUCACAGACAGUGUUGUGGCUAAAUAACUGGCAUUAAGAGGAGCUAUCUCCAGCAAAUACAGUGGGCUUGAAGAUGGCUUUAAGACUGAUGUCCAAAAAACAUUCAUGGGCAAUGUAACUUUUAAUAAAUUAAAACACUUAA